UUCAUUCGACAACAUUUGUCGCCAUCACACCCUCUGUAAAAAUGCUGGCCUGCGCUAUUGAGGAAUAAUCGAGCGUAAAACAGCGAUGCUUUGUGUCUGUUAAAACGGCUGCGAAUGUUGUGAGAGGCGCUGCAUUUCACGCGGAGCGUGUGCGAGACUGCAGGAGCGUGGUGCAAGACAAAAACAAACAUGGCGGACUCGCUGAAGUUUGACACGGAGAUGUGAAGAAGUUCGACGUGGCCACCGGAAAAUAUGGUGCUGAUGUAUCAGAGGAAUCCUUCAACACAGAUGUGACAUGAAGAUCCCGAGGAUUGCAUCUUUUUAGAGACAGUGAGUUGAGAGUGUUGCCAUUCAGUGAUUCCAUGGAAGUAAACUUUGGGGGUGUCCUGAAUGGAGUUACACCCUUACUUGCAGACUGAGAAGUGAAUAAAAAAAGCACUUGGACGCCUUCGUUUCAUCAUGGAAAGUCAAAAAUUAGUGAAUAGUGAUGUUUCAAGACUUACUUCUGAUGAGUCAAGCACCUUCAUCUGUACUGAGUGUGGCGAUGGGUUCACUAAAUACUCUAAUAUGUUGAUCCACAUGACUAUUCAUGGUCCUUUGGAGUCGUUUCCUUUAGAUGGCUCCUCCAAUGGAUUUGAAUUCCCCAGAGAAUAUGUGCUACAAGAAAAUGGUACAUUGACUGUUGUAAAUGGACUUGUGCAGCCACAUUCCUCUGUGACACCAGUUUCUUCUGAAGUCCUCCCAUCACAUUUCCAAUCCCAUGUCAAGCCAGUGUCUUCAAAUCUACAGUCUCAGUCUUCUGUGUACAGUGAGGUCGUCAAACAAAAACCAGCAGAAUCGGAGAAACCUCAUCAGGGCCAUUUCCGUUGUGACACAUGCUGUAAAUUAUUCAACAAUCUGCUGAAUUUACAUUGUCACCAGCAAUAUCGAAACACAGAGAGCGGCUACAGGUGUACUUUGUGUUGUAAAGUCUUUAGUAGUACACUCGCACUCAAGGAUCAUGUCCGAGGUCAUGCAAGUGAACAGGUUUAUUUCUGUGAUAAUUGUGGUAAGCGAUUCCUUAAAAGAGAUGCAUUGAAUGCUCAUCAAAAGGAGAGCCAUGUUUCUCCCAAGACCACCACUUUGGGUAAAUCAGAAAAUAAUCAGGAUAAAAAGGUUGAGAAAACCUACCCUUGUAAGAAAUGCAAGCAAAUUUUCUUCUGGGUGUCAGAUUUUCAGACACACUCACUUUACCAUUGCAAAGGGAAAGAACGUGAUGUUACCUUUAGUCUGGAAAUGGAAUUGAAAUCCAAAAAUGUGGAAGACGUGACACGUGAAAAUUGUCACAGUAACGGCACAUCUGUUAAUGUGAAGGAUGUUGAUGAUAAAGACUUUGGUGAUACAAGCCCUGCAGUUGCGAAAAACUCAACUUUUACACCAUACAGGUGUGGUUUAUGUGGGGAUUGCUUCCCAAAGUUGGCAGACCUGAAAGAGCAUCAUCUCACACAUCAAACACAAGAGGAAAUAGAUAAAUUAAAUCAAGAAUCGCAAAUAAGCCUGAAGCAAAAAUUUGGGCUGAAAAGCAGGCGUGUAAGGAGAGCGAAUCCAAAUGGCAAACUGCAUCCUUGCAAGCAUUGCCAUCGUGUCUUUAAUCAUUCUAGUAGUCUAUCGCGUCACAUGAGAUACCACAAAGGUACAAUGCACACGUGCACAUUUUGUGGCAGACAUUUUCCCCAACGUUGUGAUGUGAGAAGGCAUAUGGCUAUGUACCACAAAGCUGAGUUGGAUAAGAAACCUGCCUUAAAACACUUGGCCUUACCCUCAUGUCCAAAAAAUGGUUCUGUGCCCAAUUCUUUAAUUGAUGGGGAAAAUAAGAGUUCUUUAGACAAUGACCACGCAGCGUUGGAACCACAACAAAAGGUGCAGCAACCGGGAAAAGUGGGUAGGGUAAACUACAAGUGUCAGGAAUGUGGAAAGAGAUUUGGUCUGUUGUGUGUCUACCAAAGGCAUUUACGCUACCACAAAAAGGAACCCAGUAAGAGUCCCCAACAUCUAACUCGGUUCAAGAAUUCCUCCUCCCUUGACAAUUGUCUGAAGAAUCGCACAACGGGAGGCGAUGUAGGAAAAACGCCUCUUGCUACUGAUGCAAACGAUGACCCUAUUCUCCACAAGGGCAAUUCAGAAGACUUGGAGGACGACUAUAUGGAUCAUACUCAAAAUGACAAAGGAAAUUCGUCAGAGGCUCUUUAUGAAUGCACUGAGUGCACAAAAACAUUCACAUGCUUGGAGACAUUUCUUCAGCACCAAAGUACUCAUGGCUCUGAAAACGCCGGCUAACUACCACAGGUUUGAUUGGGUACUGUUUGGUGUGAGGAGUUAUGUCAUUUAAUUCUUUUCGAUAUCAUUUUGAAGUGUGUAUAAAAUGUAGUUAUUGGAAAAGAUACAGCCCCCUCUCUUUUUUGUGUGAAGAGUAAAUAUUCGCUGCACCGGCUACAAAUUAGUGUAGCUCUCUAUGGUAAACCUGGGAAGCAAUUUGUGGGAACGGCAGAAAAAAAAUAGUAGUAGUUUUGCUAUUUAUCAUCCUUUCUGAAUUUGUACUCUUUUCAUCAAGAUUUUUAAUUGUACUCUUAAGAUAAAUGGUCUUUGAUUAUGUUAAUAGUUUUGCUCACAUGCUGCUUAGUUGGUGUGUUUUUAUUUAUUUUUUUUAAUAUGUAAACUGUGUGGUUUCUGAUUUGUGUUUUAAUUCCAAAUGACACUUUCACAAGUAUACCUGAACCAAUCUGGACUGUCUGGGGUAGGAAUGUUCUCAGAGUGCCUCAUUCAUACAAGCACUCAAAUUUAGGAUCACAAGCAUGACACCCCUAUUCACAUAUCACUCUGAAUAAGCUUUUUUCACUUCAUGUGGUUACUGUUGAGUCUGUCGUAGCAGUUAUCUCUUAUGAAAGACUAAAACAGUAGUUGCGUCAAGUAACUUCUGUUACUAUCCUUUGUUACCUUCCCAGUCCACAACACUUUUUUUUUUUUUAAUUAAUGGUACGAAGCUUUGACUAAGACAAAUGUUACUUAACUGUUCAUCUGUGACACCAUUUAGAUUUUUGUUUUUUCUUUCAGCAGCAAACAAAUUAUGUACACUGAACAUCAGUAACAAGAUAGAAAGUUAACGCGGUUAUCUCUGGACUUGAAUUACACUAUGUAACAAAUUUUUAUUUUUGUUUUGUUCCUGGGUACACAGUGUGUUUUCCUAACCUGUUAUGCCUUAAAUAAAUAGAAAAUAGCUGUUAUUCCACAGAAACUUUGCUUC